AUGGACACCACCUUCAUCACCAUCCAUGACCUCUCCGACGAUGCCCACAUCCUGUACUCGUCUGAUUCCAUUGUCGACAUCCUCGGCCACACUCCCGACGAGGUCGUCAACAGGUCCGUGUGGCAGUUUUUUCAUCCAGACGAACUUCCCCUCGCCAAAGCACAGCACAGUCGCGGUGUGAGGCUCGACAAGGCUGCCGUCUUGUCUUACUGCCGCCUGAAGAAUCGCCAGGGCGAGUGGGUCGGCUGUGAAUGCUGCUUCUCGGUCGUCUACGAUGUGCUCGUAUGCUGCACCAGCGUCUACCGGCACGGCAUGCAGAGUCAGAAGCGUGCAGUUGAGGCGCCCAUAGUCCGCAAGUUAUUCGCUUCCUCCCCAAAAGACCCUCGCUAUCAUAUGCUGUCUCACUUAUCAACCAAGUUUGACCUUGGCCACGAGGAUCAGACCCAUGAGCCCCGCGCUGCCCUGUUUCUCAACAGAUUCACCCGCACCUUGACUGUCAUGUACGCGACAAGCGGCAUAGAGCAGAUCAUUGGCAUUUCGAGCGAAGCCAUGAAGGGACGCAGCUUCUACUACUGCAUAGCCCCAAACUGUCUCGAGGAUGCCGUCCGCUGUCUCGAGUCGGCCAAAGGUAACGACUCGAUUGCGUACAUGCGCUUCUUCUUCAGAGACCCCCGUCAGGACGACCCACCCGAAGCUAGCUCAUCCGAAAGUGAGGACGAUAUGAUGACCGAUGUGACUAGCUCGGACGAAGAGUCUGAGGGUGGUGUGGGGCUUGGCACAUCAGGUGAUGCUAGUUCUAGACAGCCGUCCGUUGCAAACAACAGCACCAACGAGAGCGCAGAGGCGUCAGCCUCACGCUCAAACUCAAGGGAAGAUCCCAGCUAUCGCUCAGCUGGCUCAGCCACUCACCAGGCAAUGUUUGGCGGUUCUGCGCCACGCUCCUCCAUCUCAUCUGCGAGCUCGCCUCGUUCUGAGCCCCGUGAUGAACCCAUCGAACUCGAGGCUGUUAUAUCGUGCACCUCGGACGGACUUGUCGUGUGCCUGCGUCGUGCGCGCCCAAUGUUGCCAGGCUCUAUGCCUGUUGCACAGCCAGCCCACCAGUACAAUGGCAUCUUUGCGGCUCCCUGGGCAACACAACCCGUGUUCCAUCCUGCACCGCCGCAGAUGCCUCAGUACCCUCUAGGUGCGCGACACCCAGCCAUGGCACAUGCGGGACCCGCGAUGGACUUUCAAAAUAGCUUCAUGAAGAGCAUCCGUGACGUUGCCGUCUUUGCUUGGGCACUCACUGGAAUCAACGGCAGCCUCGUCGACUAUGCUCGUGGUAAACCAGUAGGCGAGAGUCAGCCUCCAGAUGGCUUUCCUAUCUGGAAUCCGUUGCCAGAACCAAACGGCUUCGGCGGGAAGCAAUUGUCUGUGCCCCCGUCAGGUUAUGGGUCUGGGUCCAACAGCUCCGCCAGCAAUGACCCAUUUGGGUUUGGGGACCCUGGCCGCUGA